UUACCUGUUCCUGCCAAUCUUUAGAGCCAACACAGCCGAGAGCUUCAACUGGCUUGGACUUGUAUGUCAGCAGAAUGGUUUAUUAUGUUCCAUUAUUGGGGAUUCCUUGUUGCUGGUGAUGGGUGAACCUGAAAAAACGCAGCUUGACUUGCACAUCACAGGCUCCUCUUUAGCCCACUGUCUUGAAGACAAGAGGUUCUGCCUGAUCAGGAGUCUGCAUUAGCAAUUCAAGUUGGCUGGAGAAUGGAAGGUGUUGAGUUUAAGGAAGAAUGGCAAGAUGAAGAUUUUCCAAGGCCGCUGCCAGAGGAUGAUCCUGUUGAGUCAGAUAUAUUGGCUGCAGCUGGAACAGAAAGUGAAGCUGAGGUUAAUGGAACCAAAGUGAAGAAGAAACUAAUGGCUCCAGAUAUUAGCUUAACUUUGGAUCACAGCGAGGAAUCUGUUCUGUCUGAUGACUUGGAUGAGAGUGGAGAGAUUGAUUUGGAUGAUAUAGAUACUCCUUCAGAAAAUAGCAAUGAGUUUGAAUGGGAAGAUGAUCUUCCAAAACCAAAAACUACUGAUGUAAUUAGGAAAGGAUCACUUACUGAAUACACUGUGGCAGAGGAGAAAGAUGAUGGUCGACGCUGGCGAAUGUUUAGGAUUGGAGAACAGGACCAUAGGGUGGACAUGAAGGCAAUUGAACCAUAUAAAAAAGUUAUCAGUCAUGGUGGUUAUUAUGGUGAUGGGUUAAAUGCCAUUGUUGUAUUUGCUGUUUGCUUUAUGCCUGAAAGCAGCCAGCCUAACUACAGAUACCUAAUGGACAAUCUAUUUAAGUAUGUCAUUGGCACUUUAGAACUGUUAGUAGCAGAGAACUAUAUGAUAGUUUACCUGAAUGGUGCAACAACACGGAGAAAAAUGCCAAGUUUAGGCUGGCUUAGGAAAUGUUACCAGCAAAUUGAUAGAAGGUUAAGGAAAAAUCUGAAAUCACUAAUCAUAGUUCAUCCGUCUUGGUUCAUCAGAACACUUCUGGCCAUUACAAAACCUUUUAUUAGCUCAAAAUUCAGCCAAAAAAUUAGGUAUGUCUUUACCCUGGCAGAACUAGCUGAACUCAUCCCCAUGGAAUACGUUGGCAUCCCAGAAUGCAUAAAACAGUAUGAAGAAGAAAAGUUUAGAAAGAAACAGAAAAGAGUUGACCAAGAGCUGAAUGGAAAACAAGAGCAGAAAAGUGAACAGUAAGUUUGGAGUCCAAGCAAGACUGAAGAAUAUGCAGAUGGGAUUAUGCUAUUUUUGCUCCAUUUACAAUGCAUUCUCUGUGUGUGUAUAUAUUAUAUAACCUGUUGCAAAAGGUGCUUAAUUUCUUUGGACUAGCACACAAUGGACUGCUUUCUGCUCUAUUGGUUUGUCUUGACUUUAAUAGCUAUGUUUAUGUAAUCAUUUUAUACUGCUAAAUGUCAAAGAACCCUAUGUUUUCAGAGGAUGUUCUUGCAAUUGUUUAUCUAAAUGAUGCAUGUUCUUCAGUAAAAUAUUUAUAUACCUAAAUGUUAAAGGAAAGAGAUAAUAUAUAUUUUUAUGACUGAGCAAUAUAUUGUGUGUACCUGCUGAAGGAAUUCAUUUACAGGUAGACAAGGCCAUAAGUUACUUGUUGUUAUUGUAUAAAUCUGUUUUGCUGUAAAUGGUCAAGUGCAUUUCUUCAUUGUCACAGAAAGCUUAAUUUGUUUGGAUAUUAACAAUCACAUAAUGUAGUCUUUCACAAUAGUGAAGAUCCUUAUUUUAUUUCACAUACGUAA